UCCAAAGAGGCAGGACAAGACCGUAGUUUACUGUGCAUCGAGCGGCUGCGAGCUUGCAAUGAAACUGCGGUAAACAAACUCACCGUCUCCAAAGCUGUGAAGAUCUGCAGUGCUUCAGAGUUGCAUACGUCUCAAAUUUACGGUGCAGAGUCUGUAAUAAAUAAGCUGGCAGGAUGGUGGUGCUGUCACUGAAGAUCUGUGUGAGACAGUGUAAUGUGGUGAAGACGAUGCAGUUUGAGCCAUCAACGGCUGUGUACGAUGCAUGCCGGGUCAUCAGAGAGAGGGUUCCAGAAGCCCAGACAGGGCAAGCUUCAGAAUAUGGGCUGUUUCUAUCAGAUGAAGACCCCAGGAAAGGCAUCUGGCUGGAAGGAGGCCGGACGCUGGACUAUUACAUGCUGAGAAAUGGGGACAUACUGGAGUAUAAGAAAAAACAGAGACCUCAGAAGAUAAAAAUGCUGGAUGGAGCAGUGAAGACCAUCAUGGUGGAUGAUUCCAAAACUGUGGGAGAGCUGCUUGUCACCAUCUGCAGUAGAAUAGGAAUCACAAACUAUGAAGAGUACUCUCUCAUUCAGGAGGUGGUGGAGGAGAAGAAAGAUGAAGGGACUGGCACACUGAAGAAAGACAGAACUCUACUGAGGGAGGAGAGGAAGAUGGAGAAGCUCAAAGCCAAACUGCACACAGAUGAUGAAUUAAAUUGGUUGGAUCAUGGACGUACAUUUAGAGAACAGGGAGUCGAGGAAAGCGAAACUCUGCUGUUGAGACGAAAGUUUUUCUACUCCGAUCAGAAUGUGGACUCACGAGAUCCUGUGCAGCUCAAUCUGCUCUACGUACAGGCGCGUGACGACAUUCUGAAUGGUUCUCAUCCCGUGUCGUUUGACAAGGCUUGUGAAUUUGGUGGAAUUCAAGCACAGAUCCAGUUCGGGCCUCAUAUAGAACAUAAACACAAAUCUGGAUUUCUGGACUUGAAGGAAUUUCUGCCUAAGGAAUACAUCAAACAGAGAGGUGCAGAGAAGAAGAUCUUUCAGGAACAUAAGGCUUGUGGUGAAAUGACAGAGAUUGAAGCCAAAGUGAAGUAUGUGAAGCUUGCGAGAUCCCUCAGAACAUAUGGAGUGUCUUUCUUCUUGGUGAAGGAAAAAAUGAAAAGUAAAAAUAAGCUGGUCCCUAGGCUGCUGGGUAUAACCAAAGAAUCAGUGAUGAGAGUGGAUGAGAAAACCAAAGAUGUGAUUCAAGAGUGGCCACUUACUACAGUGAAAAGAUGGGCCGCCUCACCUAAGAUCUGUUCCCAUAUGCAGGAUUUCGGGGAGUAUCAGGAGAGCUACUUCUCUGUUCAGACCACUGAGGGGGAGCAGAUAUCUCAGCUUAUAGCUGGUUACAUCGAUAUCAUUCUCAAGAAGAAACAAAGCAAGGACCGCUUUGGUUUAGAGGGAGAUGAGGAGGCCACCAUGUUAGAGGAAUCAGUUUCUCCGAAAAAAUCUACUAUAUUACAGCAGCAGUUUAACAGUGUCGGGCGGGUAGAGCAUGGCUCUGUGGCACUGCCUGGGAUCUUGAGGUCCGGUUCUGUUGGCCCAGAAACUCUGAACAUGGGUACCAUGCCCUCUCCACAACAACAUAUCACCACUGGACAGAUGCAUCUUGGACAUAUGCCACCACUGAGUGCGGCCCAGCAGGCUCUCGUGGGAACCAUUAACACCAGUAUGCAAGCGGUGCAGCAGGCACAGUCAGACCUAGAGGAGGUGGAAGAGCUGCCACCACUGGGAGAUGAUAUGGCUUCUAAAAUGUGGAUUCAGAACAAGAUGGAUGAGUCCAAGCAUGAUAUUCACUCUCAGGUGGAUGCCAUUACUGCUGGAACUGCCUCUGUGGUUAAUCUUACUGCUGGGGACCCGACAGACACAGAUUAUACAGCAGUAGGAUGUGCCAUAACCACCAUCUCCUCUAAUCUGACGGAGAUGUCAAAAGGUGUGAAGCUGCUGGCGGCUCUGAUGGAGGAUGAGGUGGGCAGUGGGCAGGACCUCAUGAGGGCUGCCAAGACCCUCACUGGAGCUGUAUCUGACCUGCUUAAAGCUGUGGAGCCUACAUCAGGAGAGCCACGACAGACAGUUCUGACUGCAGCCGGCAGCAUCGGUCAAGCCAGUGGAGAUUUGCUUAGACAGAUUGGAGAGAAUGAAACGGACGAGCGCUUCCAGGAUGUGCUAAUGAACCUAGCUAAAGCUGUGGCUAAUGCAGCAGCCAUGAUGGUUCUGAAGGCCAAGAACGUGGCACAGGUUUCUGAAGACAGCGUCCUGCAGAACAGGGUUAUUGCAGCUGCGACCCAGUGCGCCCUCUCCACUUCCCAACUAGUGGCCUGUGCCAAGGUUGUGAGCCCUACUAUCAGCUCCCCUGUGUGUCAAGAACAGCUGAUAGAAGCAGGGAAGCUGGUGGAUCGUUCAGUGGAAGGUUGUGUGAAGGCCUGUUUGUCAGCUACCAGUGAUGGAGAGCUUCUGAAGGCCGUCAGCGCAGCGGCUGGUAUCGUCACACAGGCUCUCAGUGACCUACUCACACAUGUGAGGAACUACGCCACACGCGGGGAACCCAUUGGACGCUACGACCAGGCCACGGACACCAUCAUGACAGUUACAGAGAGUAUUUUCUGCAACAUGGGUGAUGCUGGUGAGAUGGUACGACAGGCGCGGGUUCUUGCCCAGGCGACCUCUGACCUGGUGAAUGCCAUGAGAUCAGAUGCUGAGGUGGAAGUGGAUGUCAACAACUCCAAGAAGCUUCUUGCGGCUGCCAAACUGCUUGCAGAUGCCACUGCUCGAAUGGUUGAGGCUGCAAAGGGAGCUGCUGCAUACCCUGAAAAUGAAGACCAGCAGCAGAAGCUCCGGGAGGCUGCGGAGGGCUUGCGUGUGGCCACUAAUGCUGCUGCACAAAACGCCAUUAAGAAGAAACUUAUAACAAGACUGGAGAACGCUGCUAAACAAGCUGCUGCUGCUGCAACUCAAACCAUUGCGGCAUCCCAGAAUGCAGCAGCCUCUAACAAGAACACUGCUGCCCACCAGCAACUUGUUCAAAGCUGCAGGGCUGUAGCUGACCAUAUUCCUCAGCUGGUGCAGGGAGUGAGGGGCAGUCAGGGGCAGCCAGAGGAUAGUAGUGCCCAACUUGCCCUCAUCAUUGCCAGUCAGAACUUCCUUCAGCCUGGAAGUAAGAUGGUGUCUUCAGCGAAGUCGUCUGUGCCGACUGUGACGGAUCAGGCAGCAGCCAUGCAGCUUGGACAGUGUGCAAAGAACCUGGCCACCUGCCUGGCUGAACUCCGCACUGCUGCACAGACGGCUCAUGAGGCGUGCGGCCCCAUGGAGAUCGACUCUGCCCUUAUAGCUGUGCAGACGCUGAAGAAUGAACUCCAGGAUGCUAAAAUGGCAGCAUCCGAGGGACAGCUGAAACCUUUACCUGGGGAAUCAUUGGGAAAAUGCACUCAGGAACUGGGUGGCACAUCUAAGGCUGUUGGUUCCUCAAUGGCCCAACUGCUUACCUGUGCAGCACAGGGAAAUGAGCAUUACACAGGUAAUAUGCUCACCCUCAUACACAAUACAUUUAUUUGGCUAAAUGGGGACAUGCCUUGCAGCUCCGUUGUUUUACACACACACAGAGAUAUAUAUAUCUGUGUGUGUGUGUGUGUGUCAAUAUCAGCUAAAUUAAUUUCUGAAGCCAAGGAGGCGCUGGUUGCUCCUGGUGUUGCAGAGAUACAACAGAGGCUAGCGCAGGUAGCAAAGGCUGUGUCCCACUCACUGAAUGCAUGUGUGAACUGUCUGCCUGGUCAAAAGGAUGUUGAUAUGGCUCUGAAAAGCAUCGGCGAAGCCAGCAAAAAACUGCUUGUAGAGAUGCUUCCUCCCUGCAGUAAGACCUUCCAGGAGGCUCAGAGUGACCUGAACCAGACUGCAGCCGAUCUGAACCAAUCUGCAGGUGAUGUGGUCCAUGCCUCUAGAGGGACCACUUGCCAGCUUUCAGAUGCUUCUGGGAAGUUCAGUGAGGACUUUGAUGAGUUUCUGGAUGCUGGCAUUGAGAUGGCUGGCCACACCCAGAGUAAGGAUGAUCAAAUACAUGUGAUUGGGAAUUUGAAGAACAUCUCAAUGGCCUCCAGUAAGCUGCUGUUGGCUGCUAAGUCUUUAUCUGUGGACCCUGCAGCAGGCAAUGCAAAGAACCUGCUCGCUGCUGCUGCCAGAACGGUGACUGACAGCGUCAAUCAGCUGAUUAUGCUGUGUACCCAGAAUGCCCCAGGACAAAGGGAAUGUGACAAUGCUCUAAGAGAGCUUGAGGCUGUUAGGGGCCUGCUGGAUAACCCAAAUGAGCCAGCCAAUGAUCUCUCCUACUUUGACUGCAUUGAAAGUGUCAUGGAGAACUCUAAGAUACUCGGUGAGUCUAUGGCUGGGAUCUCUCAUAACUGCAAGACAGGAGAUGUUCCAGCGUUUGGAGACUGUGUGGGUGGAGCCUCUAAAGCUCUGUGUGGACUGACCGAAGCAGCUGGACAGGCUUCUUACCUAGUGGGUGUGUCUGACCCCAACAGCCAAGCCGGACAUCCAGGCUUAGUGGAUCCUAUCCAGUUCGCUCGUGCUAAUCAGGCAAUCCAGAUGGCUUGCCAAAAUCUUGUUGACCCAGAUAGUAGUCCUUCACAGGUGCUCUCAGCUGCCACCAUUGUUGCUAAGCACACCUCGGCGCUGUGUAAUGCUUGCCGACUGGCCUCUUCUAAGACUGCCAACCCUGUGGCUAAAAGACACUUUGUGCAGUCAGCCAAAGAAGUGGCCAACAGCACAGCCAGCCUGGUCAAAACAAUCAAGGCACUGGAUGGAGAUUUCUCAGAGGAAAACCGCGAGAAAUGUCAUGUUGCAACAGCACCGCUCAUUGAAGCUGUUGACAAUCUAACCACGUUUGCUUCCAAUCCAGAGUUUGCUAGUGUUCCUGCGCAGAUAAGUAGAGAGGGUUUGGCUGCACAGGAGCCGAUCAUCCAGUCAGCACGCUCCAUGCUUGACAGUUCCACCCACCUUUUGAAGACUGCCAGGUCAUUGGUUAUGAACCCUAAAGAUCCGCCAACCUGGUCAUUACUGGCGAGCCAUUCACGCAACGUCUCGGACUCCAUCAAGAGCCUCAUCAUGACUAUCAGGGAUAAAGCCCCUGGCCAGAAGGAAUGUGACUCCGCCAUUGAUAAUAUCAAUAAAUGCAUCCGAGAUAUUGAGCAGGCCUCACUUGUAGCUGUCAGCCAAAAUCUUUUUCGUAGAGACGAAGUUUCUUCUGAGGCUUUGCAGGAGCAGUUAACAUCAUCUGUUCAGGAGGUGGGUCACCUGAUUGAACCGAUUUCCACAGCAGCAAAAGGAGAAGCAGCCCAGCUGGGACAUAAGGUCUCUCAAUUGGUCAGUUACUUCACUCCUCUGGUCUCAGCUUCUAUGGGCAUGGCAUCCAAAAUCUUGGAUCAUCAGCAGCAGAUGAAUCUUCUGGAUCAGACCAAGACUCUCGCUGAGUCUGCUCUACAAAUGCUGUACGCUGCCAAAGAAGGUGGUGGAAACCCGAAGGCGGCUCAUACCCAUGAUGCCAUAGCAGAAGCUGCACAGUUAAUGAGGGAAGCUGUUGAUGAUCUCUUGCUGACCCUGAAUGAAGCUGCUAGUGAGGUUGGCAUUGUCAGCGGCAUGGUGGAUUCGAUUGCUGAUGCCAUGGGCAAGUUAGGUGAAGGUACUCCACCAGAACCAGAAGGAUCAUUUGUGGAAUAUCAGACCACCAUGGUGAGAUACUCCAAAGCUAUUGCUGUCAGUGCACAGGAGAUGAUCACUAAAUCAGUGAGUGCGCCAGAGGAUCUGGGCAGUUUGGCAUCUCAGAUCACUGCAGACUACAGUCAGCUUGCCGUUCAGGGACGUCUGGCUGCCUAUAUUGCUGAACCAGAGGAGAUCGGCUUCCAGAUAAAGACACGAGUGCAGGAACUGGGGCAUGGCUGUAUUGUGCUCGUUCAGAAGGCUGGAGCGCUGCAGAUCAGUCCAUCUGACUCGUUCACCAAGAGAGAACUUAUUGAGUGCGCACAAACUGUCACUGAGAAGGUGUCCAUGGUGCUUUCGGCAUUGCAAGCUGGUAAUAAGGGCACUCAAGCCUGUAUCACUGCAGCCAGUGCUGUUUCAGGCAUCAUCGCUGACCUGGACACCACCAUUAUGUUUGCUUCUGCUGGCACACUCAAUGCUGAGAACGAUUCAGACUCCUUCGCUGAUCACAGAGAGAAUAUUCUGAAGACAGCCAAAGCGCUGGUAGAGGACACUAAGAACCUUGUUUCAGGUGCAGCAUCAAGUCAAGAGAAGCUGGCCCAGGCCGCCCAGUCUUCUGCCAAAACCAUCAUCCACCUUACAGAUGUGGUGAAAUUGGGAGCGGCCAGCAUAGGCGCGGAUGACCCAGAAACACAGGUGGUGCUGAUCAACGCAGUGAAGGAUGUUGCUAAAGCUUUAGCUGAUCUCAUUAGUGCCACCAAGUGUGCAGCGGGAAAAGCAGCAGAUGACCCCUCCAUAUUCCAGCUUAAGAAUGCGGCCAAGGUUAUGGUAACUAAUGUAACAUCCUUACUGAAAACGGUGAAGGCAGUGGAGGAUGAGGCUUCAAGAGGAACCAGAGCUCUGGAAGCCACUAUCGAGUGCAUCAAACAGGAACUCACAUUGUUUCAAUCUAAAAAAGCCCCUGAGAAAUCAACCACUCCCGAGGAGUUCAUUCGCAUGACGAAGGGCAUCACUACGGCAACCGCCAAAGCAGUCGCAGCAGGAAAUUCUGCCAGACAGGAAGAUGUCAUCUCCACAGCGAACCUCAGCCGCAAGGUCAUAGCUGAUAUGCUGACCACAUGCAAGCAAGCAGCAUAUCAUGAGGAAGUAAGUCAGGAGGUCAGAAACAGAGCUCUGUUAUACGGCACUGAAUGUACCAAUGGAUAUAUAGAGCUCCUAGAACAUGUCCUACAGGUCUUACAAAAGCCAACAGGUGAUCAGAAACAAAAAUUGGUGAUGUUCUCUAAAAAGGUUGCUGCAGCUGUCACUGAACUGAUUCAAACAGCGGAGGCCAUGAAAGGCACUGAAUGGGUUGACCCUGAGGAUCCUAAUGUGAUCGCUGAAACGGAGUUAUUGGGAGCUGCAGCCUCAAUCGAAGCAGCAGCCAAGAAACUUGAGCAGCUCAAACCAAGAGCCAAACCAAAGCAAGCUGAUGAGAGUUUAGACUUUGAAGAGCAGAUACUUGAGGCAGCCAAAUCUAUUGCUGCAGCAACCAGCGCUCUUGUAAAAUCAGCUUCAGCAGCUCAGAGAGAACUCGUAGCCCAGGGCAAGGUGGGAGCCAUCCCUGCCAAUGCUGUGGAUGAUGGACAGUGGUCCCAAGGGCUAAUAUCUGCUGCACGCAUGGUUGCCGCAGCAACCAGUAACCUCUGUGAGGCAGCGAACGCGUCAGUCCAAGGUCAUGCCAGUGAAGAAAAGCUCAUCUCUUCUGCCAAACAAGUGGCUGCUUCCACUGCACAGCUGCUGGUGGCGUGCAAGGUUAAAGCUGAGCAGGAUUCAGAGGCUAUGAGGAGGCUACAGGCUGCAGGCAAUGCUGUGAAACGGGCCUCUGACAGUCUGGUUCGAGCGGCCCAGAAAGCUGCUUUCAACAAGGCGGAUGAUGAUAAUGUGGUGGUCAAGACCAGGUUUGUUGGAGGAAUCGCUCAGAUUAUUGCUGCUCAGGAGGAGAUGUUGAGGAAGGAGAGGGAACUGGAAGAGGCCCGUAAGAAGCUGGCACACAUCAGACAACAGCAGUACAAGUUCCUGCCAAGCGAACUCCGAGAGGAUGAGGACUAAACAUAAAUGCUGGCUUCCCUUUGGUCAAUUUCUCCGCCAUUUGUUUUUGCCUUCAGGACACAGAUGAACUUCUCUAUCGCGCAGUCCAAGCGUCACCUACUGAACUGAUGAAGGGUUAUUGAUUCAGUUGACUGGAUUGUGAAUUUUUAAAUAUUUAAACUCUUGAACAUUUCAAACAGUGACCGUCUUGUCUCUUUAACCGUGAAUGUGUUCAUGCCUCCUCCACACCCUUAUGAAGAAGCUUUGAAUUUCUGGCAUGAAUCUGAACUUGUGAAUGUGUGCAUGAAGAUUUUGGAAGCACAUAACUGUGUGCUCAGAACAGCCAGAAUUACACGAUUGAGACUGUAUUGAGGAAGAAAUAAAUUAACUCUGUUCGAUCUCAGUCAUUAAAACAAAGCGUUUUUAGGGUUUCAAACAAGGUGCAGACUUUAAUAUUUACAUCAUUUAAAGUCAAGAUGAAAAGAACCCUGACUGUCAGAGACUCCAGUUGAAUGUUUAACAUUUGUACAUUUGUAAUGGUGAGAUACUUUUUUUAUGCUUCACUUUCAUUGCUUUGAAGUUCACAAAGUAUACAAAUAAACCAUAUUUAUGUAGGCAAACAAAAGUGCGUAAAUGUGCAAUGUAGAACAAAACCACUCAGAAUAAGGGUCUAAAAUGCAUCUUCUCCAAUUAAUUUUUCUUGCUGCCCUUGUGCAUGAUGAGAAUGUAAUGACCGGAUGUGAUUCAUGUAUUAAAUCUGGAGAAUCAUAAGACCAUACUAACCUCAGAAGUACUGUGGAAGUUCCACCUCUAACCCCCUAAAACCUUUCAAAAAUUUACGUUAUACCACAGCAAAAUGUUGAAUAAAAUAAAAUAAAAAAUAUUGAAUAAAAUCCAAAUACUGAAUGCAUGCUCAGUUAUAAUGGAAUUGCCUCAGUUUGUUGUCUGUGGGCACAAGGAUAUAUUUGUACAUUCAAAUGUGAUUUUCUUUUUUUUGCACAUCCUCUAAAUUUUCAAAACCAUUUGAUGCUGGUAUGACUUUCUAAUUUUUUAGCCUUAUGCUCUAGCGUGUCACUUUUAUGCUUGUAUUUUGGUCAUAUGCAGCCCUGGAAAUCUGCUUUUAUUUCUUUGCCACGGCAAGUCUUCUGUCUCUGGCUUUAUGUACAUUUAGUUUCAGUGCCUUAGUUUAUCACUGUCAAAUGAACGUAUCAGUUCUCGUGACUGUAGGAGACAAGAUCAGGUGUCUAUAUUCUGGCUUGCAUUCAUCAUAGUGUGUGUGUGUGUUUGUGUGUGUUGAAGCUGAGUUGCUGCUAAUCUGUUACUACUUUUGUGCUCUAUGAUGCUCAGAGUCAGAAGGGUACAAGUUGGAGUUUGGAAAUUACUGCAACAAGUCAUUAUCAUAAAGUGGCCUACGAAACUCACUUUAAGCAGUUACCCUUUUAGCUAUAGAUCUACCUGGAAAGUGUCUGUGUGCUUCAUGUUGCUGUAAAUGUAUAAGGCUUAUUUACAAAUAUGACUAUGUUAAAACAGCACACUUUUGUACUGCAUUUCUUGUGCAUGCUCCAUUACAUUUUAUGGCAGAGUUGCAAAAUGAUCAACGUUGCCAGUUCAUGCAUUGUGUAGACGACUAUAGAAGAGUGUAAAAUACUGAGAAAGUCCUGAAAGUGACUCUGCAUUUUGAGAAAACCAAUUGACUUGUUUAUUUGUGCGUGCCUUUGAGAGCAUUGCAGUAAAAGAAGUUACACAUGUAAAGCUUCUGCCUAUGUGGAAGAACAUUUUAACUUAAAAUAAAGGGUUUCAAAGUAUAGUUCU